GAAGAAGCUGCAUGCAAGCGAUGCUAGAAGCUGAUUUUCGAGGUGAAAGGCGCUGGUUCACGCUUCGCAAGGUGCUCACAGCAGCAUUCUGUAACUUACUGGCAUAGGGCACCACAUUCCUGGGAGACAGCAUGGGGCUUUGGUCGGAAUUCUUAGAACGCCAAGAGGCAGCGCGGUCUGCUGGCACGCAUGCAGCAACUUUGCAGCGAUCGGGGCAGUUCAUUCCUCAGGUUGUGGAGAGGAAUGGAUUGUCCGAGGCGGAGGAGAAGAAGCAGAGGGUGAAGCAGUGUACAGAUGCUGGCGUCUACAAGGGUCUGGAAGCUGCAGCACUUUGGGGGGGCUUGGCCCUAGCAGGCACGUUGGCAGCGGUCCGCUUCUCCCCCUGGUUCGCACAUAACUUCAACUACACCGGCAGAGCUCUUAUCCCCUGUGCAGGCAUGGUGGGUGCAUACUUUGUUGUGUCUGAGAAGACCAUCCUUGAGUGCACAAGGCGGACUUCCAAAGAAGCAAACGACGCAGGAAGGAGAGCCCGCGCUCUUCAACAGCAAUGAGUACAUAGUGAGAUGACAGCUAUAUAAGCGUAGCGGGUUUGAUUCAAUCAUUAUACCUCAAUCUGAGCGUAGCAGUUUGUUUGUGAAAGUUCCAGGCCUAUCCGUACAUACUCGAAGGGGUCAGCAAGCGGACGAGAAAACUUAGAACUGGGUAACGUUUCGUGCAGAACAGAGGGCCCCACCCUGAGUCCAACUUAGCCCGCGCAUCAUAUAAGCGAGUCCGACUUUCUGCAGCUAAGACUCGGCCGAACGUGGAAGUCGCAGUGUCAACUUUUUGUUGAAAUCCAGAGGACGAAGAUCUACAGUGCACUUAGCCUGCCCAUAUUGUUUAUCAUGCAUGUUAAAGACUAUUUUCUUUGAAUAGUCUCAUUAUCGACAGUUUAGGCUAAAUUUGCCAAGGUUCUAAGUCGGUUUUAUUCACCAUCGUCUCUUCAAAAGAUCGAGGACGACGCUGCGCCACGCU